AUGAUAAAUCGAAUUCGUUCGUAUCCUUUAUUUCACAAGAAAUAUACUGAAAUACUCAAUGUAAAUAAGCAAGAUCUAGAAUCUUCUCCAACAGAUGUACAGCAAUACAAUAAAUUAUCUUAUACAGAUCGUGUGAUUAUUUUUAUUAUUUGUAUUUUAAGCUCAGCUAUUUGUUUUAUUUUUGCUAUUUUUUUGAUGACAACUUUGUUCAAACCAAGAAAAGUGGUUCUUUUAUGGACAAUUGCAAAUCUUUUAUUUCUUGCAUCAUUUUCUGCUCUUCAAGGUCCUUGGACUUAUAUUAAACAUUUAUUUUCUGCACCACGGUUUCCAUUUACAUGUAUUUACCUAGGGAGUAUGGUUUUGACUUUAUAUUUUAUUUUACAUUUAAAAUCAACUAUUCUUGCUAUUUUUUCCUCUAUAAUACAAUUUAUAACUUUGUUAUGGUACUUGAUUAGUUAUUUUCCAAUGGGAUCUCAAGGUCUCCAUUGGGGUUUUCGGCUUAUUAUAUCUAGAAUUAAGUCAUAUCUUGAUUCAUGA